CCAGCGGAAGUCAUGUAUGAGAGCCAGGUGUGUUUUAUUCUGCUCCAGCAGGUGGCGGUAGUGCACCUUUACGCUGGUCACCGACCACCGGAAAAAGCAGAAACCGGAAGCUACUAGCAGAGCUAGCUCGUUGUUCUGGUGUGUGAGGAGAAUAUUUGAGGCUCCGCAGUAAAAAUGUCUUCACUUCAGUCUCUGGGAGAGUUGAUCAGCUAAAGCGACUAACUGCUGCUGCUGCAGAAAUCUUCUCACCAGGCUGUGGAAACUUUCUUCUCCUCCUCAACAACUUGGUGGAGUUCUUUCAAGAACCAGAGAAGAUAUUCUGCGGUCUUCGUGACAACCGGAGCUCCAGAAUCAGGUUGUGGCUGUUAGCUAAACACGGCUAAAGAAAACCUGCUACCACUUCAGGAUCAUCCAUCAGCUGGGACUGAUUCAUCGUGUGUUCUUCACCACCUGGACCUGGACAGCAUGGACACAGAUGUUCAACAGGUGUUGCUGGUUAAAGAAGAAGCUCCUGAAGAACAGAGUGCUGGUGACAUUCAGCAGGACCCAGAACACCUCCACAUAAAGGAGGAAAAGGAGCAACUCUGGACCAGUCAGGAAGGAGAGCAUCUCCAUUUGAAGGAGGACACUGAUGCUGCCAGGUUUCCAUUCACUGUUGUUUCUAUUAAAAAUGAGGAUGAUGAACAGAAACCUCUGGUCUCACAGCUUCAUCAGAAGCAAAUAGAAGACAGAGAUGUUCCAACCAUCAGCUCAGCUGACCAGGUGACAGCAGAAACUGGUGGCGGAGCAGAAACUAGCAGGAAACCCCAUGAACAGACAUCUGAUUCUUCAGAGACUGAAGUUAGUGAAGAUGGUGUGGAGGAUGUUGAUGAUGUGACUCUAGACUCUGAGCUGUCAGACUCGAGGCCUGAAACUGGAGACAGAAACAAUGACUGGAUUGAGAACAGGUCUUCCGAAUCAGAUGUCAAGACUGUCAACAAAUCUUUUAGCUGCCAUGAGGGUGGUAAACAGUUUGUCCACAAGUGGUCUCUCCAGAAACAUGUGAGAGUGACAAGUCAUUCGGCAAUAAGGUCCUCAGAAUUUCUGGUUAACAAGAAAUGUGCCAGAGUUAAGAAACAUGUAGACUCAUGUGGGAAAGUCCAGGAAGAACUAAAAUCAGUAAGUUGUGACGACUGUGGAAAAUGUUUUAGUGUAAAAUCAAGUUUAAACAGACACAUGAGAGUCCACACAGGACAGAAGCCUUUUGCUUGUGAGGUCUGUGGAAAAACAUUUGGUGAUAAGACACUUACAAAUAGACACAUGAGAGUCCACACAGGACAGAAGCCUUUUGCCUGUGAGCUCUGUGAAAAAAGAUUUAGCCAUAAGACACAUUUGAUCAGACACAUGAAAGUCCACACAGGACAGAAAUCUUUUACCUGUGAGCACUGUGGAAAAAGAUUUAGCCAAAAGACACAUUUAAACAGACACAUGAGUGUCCACACAGGACAGAAGCCUUUUAUCUGUGAGCUCUGUGGAAAAAGUUUUAGCCAGAAAACAAAUUUAAACAGUCACAUGAGUGUCCACACAGGACAGAAGCCUUUUAUCUGUGAGUUCUGUGGACAACGAUUUAGCCUGAAGUCAACUUUAAGCAGUCACACGAGGAUCCACACAGGACAGAAGCCGUUUGCCUGUGAGCUCUGCGGACAAAGAUUUAGCUAUAAGGGAUCUUUAAACAGUCACGUGGGAGUUCACACAGGACAGAAGCCUUUUGCGUGUGAACUCUGUGGACAACGAUUUAGCUUGAAGUCAAAUUUAAACAGUCACAUGAGAGUCCACACAGGACAGAAGCCUUUUGCUUGUGAACUUUGUGGAAAAAGAUUUAGCCGAAAGAAAGCUUUAAACAAUCACCAGAGCAUCCACUAGAACUGAAUGAACUAUUGUUUUCUGAUUGAAACUGUGAUUUCAAACAGCACGGUCACACAUUUUCUACCACUUUACACGAGCUGUUUUUAGUGAGCACAAAGUCAAUUUCGUUGAAUAAAACAAUCUUGAAUUUUGAAAACUGCAUUUUUUUGUAGUGCAACUUACUGACACAGGAUCUAUUAACUACUUUAGACAUCCAGGUUUUUCUCUGGUUUUUAAGGUGUUACAGCGAUGGUAAUAGGAGGGGUUAAUUUUUAAACAUUUUCGAAAUGCUUUUUUUCUAUUUUUACAAUUUUGAUAUUUUUUGUUUUUGUGAAGCGCCUCGUGAUUUUUAUCUUGAGAGGCGCUAUAGAAAUUAUAUUUUCUUCUUCUUCUUCUUCUUAAGGGGUUUUAGGAGACCAUUCCAGUUUUUGAGCUGAUGGAGCUGCAGACUCCCUUGUUGCUUUUUUCCCACCUUUUGUUUUGUUUUUCUUUUCAAAACAUUUGUACAGCCUAUAAUGGCUAUGGUCUUCCAUCACUAAUGGCGCUUACACAUUAGGGCCAGUACAGUUGAGAGGCGAUAGUGUCAGUUCGGUCUCAUAUGAACAUGGUAGCGUCCACAUGUAGUUUCAAAGUGGCCAAAGAUUCAUCCAUACGGCAUCAAUAAAUUAUCACAUGAGAGUCCACACAGGACAGAAGCCUUUUGCCUGUAAACUCUGUGGUUGAAGAUUUCGCCAAAAGACAGGUUUAAACAGACACAUGAGUGUCCACGCAAGGCACAAUGAACUCAUUUAACUAUACAACUACCAAAAUUAUCAUUGUAGUAUCUAGAUCCUGGAUAGUAUUGCAACCCUGGUUGUUGUCCUGUACCCUAGAUCAGGGUCUCUUCCAGACCAUGUGUUACGACCCCAACCUGGUCUAGGAGCCAGGGAGGUCUAACACAGAAAUGUGAGAAAUAAAAGGAAACGAUCUGACACCAAGUCACAAUCAAAGAAAGUCCUUUUAUUAACAAAAAGCGUUCCAACGGGAGAAAAACCGGUUUAAUUAAAAGGGGAGUUUAAAGUAUGCUGCAGUAACCAAAACCGAGGACCAAGUAACUUAAUAGAGCGAUAAAAUAAGAACUAAAACUCACUGGUUCCAAAAGUGAAACCAGGAACAACAGAAGCUUGCCCGGACGCCUUACCAAAAGUCCACUGGUGACUAACUCACCCACACAACCGACAGCUCUGUUAAGAGCAAAGGGGAAAACGAACAUCAGCCUGAAUGUUUUCCCAAGCAGGUGGAAAUUAACCAUCCGGGGGCAACUCUAGAGUUCUCACACAAGUCUCUCCUUUUAAUCCUCUCCUCUCCAGUCCCCUCAAACUGUCUUUUGCUCAGUCUCUCACUCCUCUCUCUCUCUCUCUCUCUGCGUCCUCUCUCUGUGCGUUCUCCUCUCGCUCUGCUUUCUUUUUUCUCCGAGCAGCGCUGAUCUUUAUCUGCUCCAGCUGGGUGAUUUCUGAUGAGAGUCAGCUGCGUGAGUGAAGCAAGGGAGCCGGACGCUCUCCAUGGUCCUGGAAAUGGUGCAGGAAACGGUGCGGAGUAGAAGCUGAGUGCCGGGGAACUCAGGGUUCGUAACACCAUGAGCCACCUCUUCAUGUCCUGCAAGCCCCAUAUUGUGGCUGCUGCUGCUGCUGCUACUGUUUGGAUCGCUGGCUGUAACGCACAUAACACACAAGCUUGCAAUAUAAAGAACAGCACCUGUCCCCCUCCAGCUCGGCUGUGUGACUGCACUAACCUGUCCUGUGUGACCCUCACCAUGUAACCCUCAUGUCUAUGCUGUCUCUGGAGGAGCAGAUAGGAAACAAGAUCUCCUGUAACUUAAAAUGAACCAAAGCUUCCUCCCAGUUUCUAUUUAAGCUGAAUUUAACAUCAGUGUAUCAUCAUGAAACAAAAGAAUAAAGUGGAACAAGAACUUCUGUCUUCUAUUUCUCUCUCCUUUUAACUUCUCCGUGUCCCUAAAUAAAAGAGACAGAUGAUUACGCUGCAGCCGCCAUCACAGACACCGCUCCCUCCCCAAGACCGGAUCUCCUGACAUCACAGCACUCUGUCUGACUGAGCACUUCCAGGAGAAACAAUAAUGAACUUAUGGAAAUAAUAACGAUCCUCUCUCUUGUGUGAGAACAAUUGCACAAAAAUAUCCAAGAAAGAAUACACAAACACAGAGACUCAAAAUGCCGGAGCAGUUUCCAAGCCAGACCGAGGCUCUACUGAGGCCUUUCCACGGAGCUAGCUCUGCGGUCACGUGGGUCUGAUGCUCAUUAAUUAUACAGACUUUUAGGCUUUUAAUACACUUAAACAGAAGAGUGAGAAAAAAUUCACCCCCCUCAGAGUUGUCAUGAGUGUAAACUAGAUCAUUUAAACAAAAAACAUGUUUUGAUACCAGACUGUAAACAUGAUUAUUUCUGCUGUGAAAUUGGUAUUUUUAACAUGGGAGUCAAUGAGGAUUUGCUCGCUUCUGACUCCAGCCCCUAGUGGAUGAGGGUGGAUCUGCAAUUUUUGGUACUUCCGGGGUUGACUCAAUUUUAGAGCUCCAUUGUGGGGGCUUGGGAAAUACGUACAAAAGUCAUUUACAAACGAUAACGACAAUGCAGAAAAAGGCUAUCAGAUUAAUAACAAAUGCAGGAUAUUGGGAUCACACAAAUGAACUUUU